ACGUGACCGCCAGGGAUCAACAGUGGUGGUGGGGGGAGACGGUCGCUUUUUCAACCGAACAGCUAUUGAGGUCAUUGUGCAGAUGGCAGCUGCCAACGGGCACCAGUAAUGAGCUCUCCAUGGCCCCAGAGUUUAAAUUACAUAACCUUUGAGAUUCUGAUGCUUUCUUCAUAGGAUGGUUAGAUGGAUAAAAAUACACUUGCAAAUAAUAUAACUUGCUCUUGAUGUGCCAUGAUAACUGUCAUCCAUUAACUGAAAGUCUAGUCCCAAUUACUUUGAGAAGGAAGCAUGCACACACCAAACCUGAUAUUCAGUGUUAAUCCCUCCCUUCACCCACUCAGAUAAAUUAGGAUACACACUCAUGCCAGCCAACUCACACACACACACACGCACCUGUGUGACAUUUUCUCAGGUGGGUCGUAUGAUCAUUGGACACCACGGGAUAAUGUCCACACCAGCCAUCUCCUGUGUAAUCAGGAAAUACAAAGCCAUCGGUGGCAUCAUCCUCACUGCCAGCCACAACCCUGGUGGACCUGAUGGAGACUUUGGCAUUAAGUUCAAUACUGCAAAUGGAGGCCCAGCCAAGGAGGCUGUCACAAACAAGAUCUUUCAGCUCAGCAGGACCAUUGAGGAGUUUGCCAUCUGCCCCGGAAUGCAAGUGGAUCUGACAACCCUGGGCAAACAGAUGUUUGAUCUGGAGAACAAGUUCAAACCCUUCACAGUGGAAAUUGUAGACUCUGUGGAAUCCUAUGCUAACUUGUUGAGGAACAUCUUUGACUUUGCUGCUCUGAAGGAGAUUCUAUCUGGUGAAAACCACAUCAAGAUAAGACUAGAUGCCAUGCAUGGAGUGGUAGGACCGUAUGUGAGGAGAAUCCUCUGUGAGGAGCUGGGCUGCCCUACCAAUUCUGCCGUCAACUGUGUCCCAUUGGAGGACUUUGGGGGCCAACACCCAGAUCCUAACCUCACCUAUGCUGCAGAUCUGGUUGACAGUAUGAAAGAAGGACAGUAUGAUUUUGGUGCAGCAUUCGAUGGUGAUGGGGACCGUAACAUGAUCCUUGGUAAACACGGCUUCUUCGUCGCCCCACCUGACUCUGUGGCUGUGAUUGCUGACAACAUCUUCUGCAUCCCAUACUUCCAGCAUACAGGGGUGAGAGGCUUCGCCCGCAGCAUGCCCACAAGCGCAGCCUUAGACAGAGUAGCCAAGGCAACAAAAAUAGAGUUAUAUGAAACUCCCACUGGGUGGAAGUUCUUUGGGAACCUGAUGGAUGCAGGCAGACUGUCUUUGUGUGGAGAGGAAAGCUUUGGUACAGGUGGAGACCAUAUUCGUGAGAAGGAUGGGCUUUGGGCCGUGCUGGCAUGGCUGUCCAUCCUGGCCACUAGAAGGCAGAGUGUGGAGGAUAUUCUAAAGGACCACUGGCUAAAAUAUGGAAGAAACUACUUCACCAGAUAUGACUAUGAGAACGUAGACAUAGAUGCAGCCUGUGAGAUGAUGGAGGAUUUGGAGAUUCUGAUCGCCGGAAAGUCCUUUGUGAAGCAGAGAUUUGCUGUGGGGGACAAGAUCUACCAAGUGGAAAAAGCAGACAACUUUGAGUACACAGAUCCGGUAGACAGCACCAUUUCCAGGAACCAGGGUCUGCGGAUAAUCUUCUCUGAUGGUUCUCGAAUCAUCUACAGACUCAGUGGGACAGGUAGUGAUGGGGCGACAGUUCGAAUCUACAUAGACAGCUAUGAGAAGGAGCAAAUCUUUGAAGACACGCAGGUGAUGCUGGCACCCCUGGCAACCAUCGCUCUGAAGAUUUCCCAGCUCCAUCACAGGACGGGUCGAAGUGGCCCAUCAGUCAUCACAUGAUUCCUGACAUAUGUUGCUCCAUCAUUGCAAUCAAGUAAUCUCCCUUUUGUUUUUCUUUCCAGAUUUUUGUACAAACUGAGCUUCAAUUCCAAUUGUAGCUGCACAACAUGCAAUAGUUUGCAUUUUAGGCUAAAAUAUAUUCAGUGAUUUUAUCUGUUCCACAUUAAACUGCUUUUUAUUUUUUGGGUCA